CGCAAUCGAACUUGAUUCCCGCGAUGAUGUCAACGCUUCAAAAGGUCCCGCUAGUCGACGUCGCGCCCGGUCAGCGACUCUCCCCUUUCCCCCUGCCACCAUGACCAGUACGCUGCCCCCCAUUGUACAAGCUGUCUCAGGGGCUAUAGGCUCGGCCUCUGCAAAUGCCCUCGUUUACCCCCUCGAUCUCAUCACCUCACGGAUACAACUCGAGAAGAGCCCUCGCAGGCAGAACCCCAUUCAUAUUCUGCGCGAUAUAGUCGACCACCACGGUCUGUCUGCACUGUAUACCGGUCUGUCGCCGGACACUAUCGCGACCUUGCUUUCGAACUUUUUUUACUACUACUUCUACUCUUUCUUCCGCUCUCUGGUCUUACGCAAGCAAGGGUCGUCGGGCAAAAAGGUCAAGCCCGCACUUUCAAUCGUCCAGGAGCUUGCCCUCGGCCUCAUCGCCGGCGCCGCCUCUCGCGCGAUAUCGACGCCACUCAACAUCGUCACCCUGCGUAUGCAGAACGCGAGGGACGAGGACCAGUCCGACACGUCGUCUGACGAGUCGAGUGACGUCUCGUCUGACGCCGAGGAUAACGGUAGCGCGUCAUCUCUCUCUGGCGUCGUGAAGGAUAUCUACGAGAGGGAGGGCUUGGUAGGGUUCUGGAGAGGCUUCAAGACCACGCUGCUCCUUUGCCUGAACCCAUCCUUAACACUCGCCGUCUACCAGCUAUGCAUGCGUGUCAUUUUGCUACCUCAGACUCGCCGUCUUCGCUCUGCAGGCAAGACGGCGAUUAUCAAUCCCUCACCCGGACAAGCAUUUAUUGGGGGCGCCGUCGCUAGCUCGAUAGCCUCAACCAUCCUCUACCCCCUCAUACUCGCCAAGAUCCGCGUUCAGGCCUCCUCCACAUUAUCCGACAACUUCCUCGACGUUCUCCGCGAGGCGUACAGUGGCAAGUUCAACGAGCGGCGGCAUCAUGGGUACGGGGCGCCCCUAGCGUCGGACGACACGCCGAGCUUCAGCGAUGUGGUGAAGGAGAAGGUGCCGGUGGAGGAGGUCUAUGAGGCGCAGGAGAAGGCCGUCCAUGAGGGGAAGGGCAGGGCUCUACAUGCAAGGAAAGCAAGGCCUACUGGGCUGGCGGCGGUGUACCAGGGUCUCGAGAUGCAGAUUUUGAAGGGCUUCUUCGGGCAGGGGGUGACGUUCUUGGUCAAGCGGCGGAUUGAGCAGUUGGUAGUGGAUGCUUAUGUGAGGCGGUAUUUGAGACGAUGAGAGGAAUGUUAUGUCCGGGGGAGCUUGAGUGCUCUCGAGGGUCUGUAUAUCUAGCUGUCUUCUGCGAAUGGAAUUUAGUGACACGCAAAUUUUCU